AUGUACCCUCCGAGCUCCUCGAACGCUACGGUAUACCACAAUCACCGAUGAUAUACCGUGGCUACGAGGAUCGCGAAGAGGUCGCUAAGGCAUUCGUGAUGGCUGUAACUGAAGUGACGCGCAACAUUUCUAAAUUGUUGCGCAAAACCAACGUUCCCAUCCGAAUGUCUAUCGAUGAUGUGCGCAGGCACGGGGAGAAAGUGGUAUGCGACUUAUGCCGUACAGCAUUCAAGGAUUCCAACCCUAAAGUUGCAGACCACUGCCAUUUAUCGGGGCGAUUCAGACAGACGUUGUGCAAUGCAUGUAACUUAAAAGUGAAGACGGUCAACUUUGUGCCGUGCUUCUUACACAAUCUAUCAGGGUACGAUGCGCAUUUCAUCGUCACUGAAUUGGGGUACGACGACCAAAGGAUUUCGGUCAUACCGAAUUCCGAGGAGAAGUAUAUUUCAGUCACGAAAUACGUAACCAAUUACUUUUCCAUACGGUUCGUCGACACCUUCCGGUUCAUGGCCUCCUCCCUGUCCACCUUGGCCGGUAACCUAAUGACGCCUGAUUUCGUUAAAUUUCGGGAAACGGCCAAGGUGUUCCGUCCGGAAGACAUGUUGUUGGUGACACGUAAGGGCGUAUACCCCUACGAGUACACUGAUAGUUGGAUUAAAUUGGACGAAACGGAACUACCGCCUCAUGACGCUUUCUAUAGUCAGUUAAGUGAGUCGAAUAUCGAUGAUGAUGACUAUAGACAUGCCACGGAGGUGUGGAACCGUUUCGGCUGCUCAACCCUCGGUGAGUACAGCGACCUAUACCUUAAGAUCGACGUGUUGUUGUUAGCUGAUGUGUUUGAGAACUUCCGCGACAUCUGUAUUUCAACAUACAAUUUGGACCCGGCGCACUAUUACACCGCGCCUGGUUUUAGCUUCGAUUGUAUGUUGAAGUACACCGGGGUGAAGCUGGAGCUCUUGAACGACUACGACAUGCUACUGAUGGUGGAACAGGGCAUUCGUGGUGGGUUAGUGCAGGCUGUCAAGCACUAUGCAAAGGCCAACAAUCCUAAGACACCAGAUUACGAUCCGUCAAAACCAGACUCAUGGAUCGUGUAUCAAGACUGCAAUAACCUUUACGGAUGGGCUAUGAGUCAGCCCAUGCCGUACGGUGGCUUCCGGUGGUAUAAAGGAACAGACCCUCUGGCUGACCUCCAAUCGUUGUCGGACACUGGUAAUACGGGGCGUAUAUAUGAAGUUGACGUAUCGUAUCCACAAGAGUUGCAUGACGAGCACAACGACUUACCGUUCUUGCCUGUCAACGAUGUACCGCCGGGUUCCAANAACUUGCCGUUCUUGCCUGUCAAUGAUGUACCGCCGGGUUCCAAAGAGACCAAACUCAUGGCCACUUUGAAACCCAAACAACGGUACGUCGUACACUAUGUCAACUUAAAACAGGCAAUCGCACACGGACUGCAAGUCGAUAAAGUAUGUGUAAUUAAUCUAUAAACUAUAAGCGAUGAUACUAAUAUAAAUAUUUGUACUGCAGGUGUACCGCGUUUUAGAGUUUCAACAAAGUGCUUGGUUGAAACCAUACAUUGAGUUGAACACUGAAAUGCGGAAACAGGCGGCAAAUGCUUUUGAAAUAGCAUUUUUCAAACUAAUGAAUAAUGCCGUCUUUGGUAAGUGCAUGCUCAAUGCUAAAGCAGUUGUGGGUUAUUCGAUAAUUUUUUACAUUUUAUAGGGAAAACCAUGGAGAACAUGCGAAAGCGUACCCGCAUUGAGCUAA